AAGCAAACAAAGGGAAAGAAAGACAGAAAGAAGAAGAAGAAGAAGAAGAAGAAGAAAAAAAAAGCGUUGUUUGUUUCCUGCAGGAGGGGUGGUGAGAGGUGGUGAGGGAGAGGCGGCCAGAGGGCAGCACUACCAUGGCGGAGGACCAGGAGGUGGUGAAGCUCGAGCUGCUGUGCAAGCAGCUCCAUGAGGCCAGCAAUGGGGGACAACGGCAGGAGGCAGAGAAGGCUCUUGUGGAAUUCCAGUCUGGCAGAGGAGCCGCCACACUCAGUCAGUGUCAGUUACUUUUGGAUCGUGCCCAGUCAUCCUACUCCCAGUACUUGGCAGCUACCACUCUCACCAAACUGGUCUCAAGAAAUCCCUGCACACUCUCACUCCAGCAGAGGAUUGACAUUCGGAAUUAUGUUCUGAAUUACCUGGCUACUCGGCCCAAGCUGGUGCAUUAUGUAACGCAGGGCCUGGUGGUUCUGUUUGGCCGCAUCACCAAGCUUGGCUGGUUUGAUUGUGUAGACAAAGAAAAAUGGGCUUUCAGAGAGGUUGUGGAGGAUGUGUCUCAUUUUCUUCAAGGUUCAGUAGACCACUGUGUGAUAGGUGUCCAGCUCCUUGCUCAACUGACAGCCGAGAUGAACCAGAUCUCAGAAUCUGACGCAAACAAAUCUCUCACCAAGCACCGCAAGAUUGCAAGCUCAUUCAGAGACACUCAGCUCUACAAUAUCUUCCAGCUAUCCUGCACACUUUUGAGAACAGCACUUGAGAACUCAAAGACACUCAAUUUCAAUGAUGAGAGUCAGCAUGGACUGAUGACUCAUCUGCUUCGGUUAGCGCUCAACUGCCUUACAUUUGAUUUCAUUGGAACAUCUGUGGAUGAAAGCAGUGAUGACUUAGGGACAGUACAGAUCCCCACCUCUUGGAGACCUGCCUUCCUAGACUUCUCAACAGUUCAGCUGUUCUUUGACCUGUAUGCAUCCCUCCCUGCAACACUGUCCCCUGUGACAUUAUCAUGCUUGGUGCAGAUUGCCUCUGUGAGGCGAACUCUUUUUAGUAAUGAGGAGCGAGCCAAGUUUCUCUCUCAGCUAGUCAAUGGAGUUAGAAAUAUACUACAGAAUCCACAGGGCCUGAGUGACCCCUCAAAUUACCACGAGUUUUGUCGGCUGUUGCUGCGGCUGAAGAGCAAUUACCAGCUGGGGGAGCUGGUGACAGUGGAACACUAUCCUGAUGCCAUUGAGCUGAUUGCCAAGUUCACUGUGGAGUCCCUGAAUAUGUGGCAAUUUGCACCCAACAGUGUCCACUACCUGCUGUCCCUCUGGCAGCGCAUGGUGGGCUCCGUCCCCUAUAUGAAGGCCACUGAGCCCCACUUACUGGAGACCUACACCCCCGAGGUAGUGAGGGCAUAUGUGUCAUCACGCCUGGAGAGUGUGAGUGUGGUGUUGCGUGAAGGCCUGGAGGACCCGCUAGAUGAUGUCACUGUUAUUCAGCAACAACUUGACCAGCUGUCAACCAUUGGACGGUGUGAAUAUGGGAAGACAUGUGCCCUGCUUGUACAACUGUUUGAACAGACUGCACAGCGCUAUCAAGAACUAAUAACUGCACGCAUGAACAACAGGUCACAGCAGCACUCCAUGGAAGAUAUUGCAAUAUUAGAAGGUCAGCUAACUUGGCUGGUGUACAUGAUUGGUUCAGCGAUUGGUGGGAGAGUGUCUUUCAACACCAGUGAUGACCAUGAUGCCAUGGAUGGAGAGUUGGUGUGCAGGGUGCUACAACUUAUGAAUCUCACAGACUCCUGUUUGCCUCAAGGGGGCUGUGAGAGACGGGAGCUGGCCACAAUAUCCUUCUUUGAACAGUUUAGGAAAAUAUAUGUUGGCGACCAAGUCCAUAAAACUUCAAAGUUUUACAGACGACUUUCAGAGAUCCUUGGUCUUAAUGAUGAGUCAAUGGUGUUGGCAGUGUUUGUAAGAAAAAUCAUCACAAACUUGAAGUACUGGGGCCACUGUGAGCAGAUCCUAACAAAGACCCUCACAUUACUGUCAGACCUCUCAAUUAGCUACAACAGUGUGAGAAAGUUGGUGAAACUAGAUGCUGUGCAGUUUAUGCUGAACAACCACACAAGAGAAUUCAGAGUGCUUAAAGAGUCUGGUCCUCAAAAUAGUGAACAUUUUCCCUUCCUGGGCGUUGGUGUAUCAGUGCAAGAAAUGCGAAGUCGGACUCUGUUUUACACCUCUCUUGGACGACUUCUCAUGGUGGAACUUGGAGAGGAUGAGGAAAAGUUCACACAGUUCAUGAUCCCGAUUACAAGUGCAUUUGACAGUGUAGGACGGUUACUGGCUCAGGCGGAGACUCCAGUGUUCCAGGCAGAGGAGGCUAAGAAGGGGCUCAUCGGCCUUGCCAGGGAUCUGCGGGGAUUGGCCUAUGCAUUUAAUACCAAGACUUCAUAUAUGAUGCUCUUUGAUUGGAUUUAUCCCACCUACACAGGAGUUUUGGUUCGUGGUGUUGAGAUCUGGUGCCAUGAUCCCCAAGUCACCACUCCAGUGCUCAAGCUUUUUGCUGAGCUGGUCCAGAACAGAUCUCAAAGGCUACAGUUUGAUGUGUCCUCGCCCAAUGGAAUCCUGUUAUUUCGGGAAGCCAGUAAAGUCCUCUGUACAUAUGGUUCUCGUGUUCUGGCCCAGGGUGACAGCAUUCCAAAGGAUCAGAUCUAUCCCAUGAGGCUGAAGGGUAUUAGCAUCUGCUUUUCCAUGCUCAAGGCAGCAUUGUGUGGAAACUACGUCAACUUUGGGGUUUUCCGUCUGUAUGGGGACGAUGCGCUAGACUCUGCCCUCCACACCUUUGUCAAGCUGCUGCUCUCCAUACCACAGUCUGAUCUCUUGGUGUACCCAAAGUUGUCCCAAACCUACUAUGUUCUCUUGGAAUGUUUGGCACAAGACCACAUGAACUUCCUCUCAACUCUUGAGCCAAAUGUGUUCCUCUACAUUCUGUCCUCAAUAUCUGAAGGACUCUCAGCCAUAGAUCCUGUGUAUGACACGAUGGUGUGUACAGGCUGCUGUGCUACCCUUGACCACAUAGUAACCUACCUCUUCAAAACCUUACAUCACAAGAGCAAAAAGGGCACAGUGGACCUUGAGAAUGACGCUCUGGUCAAGGUGAUGAAGCACCAGCCCUCCAUCCUGCAGCAGAUGUUGGCCACUGUUCUCAACACCAUCAUGUUUGAAGACUGCAGGAACCAGUGGAGCAUGUCCCGUCCUCUCCUGCCCCUCAUCCUCCUCAAUAAUGAGUAUUUUGGGCAGCUGAGACAACAAAUCAUUAGCCAGCAAGCACCAGACAAGCAGGGAGCAAUGGCACAGUGGUUUGACAGCCUCAUGGAAGGAAUUGAGCCCAAUCUUCUCACUAAGAAUAGAGACAAAUUCACUCAGAACCUGUCAGUGUUCCGACGGGACAUCAACGACUCUCUGAAGGGACCAGUAACAAGUAGUGGCGGUGGGGGAGGCAGUGAGAUGAUGACAUCGUGACGUCAACACCAGCACACCUGUCAGUCCAGCCACCCUCAGCCCCGCCAGGAUAUCCCUAGCCGCCGCCGCUGCUACUCCCUGUCCGCAUCCACCGCCACCUUCGCCGGUUCCACAGUGACCAAUGCUACCCUUAAUGUUAUGGCAGAUUCAAAUUGCAAUCACUUUGCUCUACUGUGGUUGACAUAGUUUCAUUACUAAGAAGUCUUUUUGACUACCCAUUUUGAACCAUAUUUUGUAAUUAGACAGUUUUUGCAAAAGAAAAUUACUUUUUGUACAGAAAUGACAAAUGGGACCUGAAUGAACUUUAGUAGUGUUAAAUGGUUUUGUUUGUACUAGCUUCAUCACAGUCUGUCUGAGGUCUUGUAUAUCCAUGGUAGUGUGGUGAUACCACGUUGCUUUCUGGUCUUCACUAAUAGAUUGUGCCUCAGUAUACUACAGUGGGAAGAACUAAUGUGGCUGAAAAUACCAUUGUAGUAAGUGUGGGUAUGUGUGUAGCAGUGUGAGUGUUGCUGGUUCCCUGUGUGCAGUUCCUUGUGGUCUUGGGGGGGGAGGGAGAGUGGUCUCACGGGUACACUUGGCAGCUACUGCGAUGAAGCAUACCAAAAGAAAUGAAGGGCCACAGAAGAGCUACAGUUGCUAUGUAACAAAUACUACUACCCUGGGAGCCUUGUCUGAGGUGGCAUCAGCUUGAUCCUGUGUUGAGCUGGAAGACUGUGAGCGCCAUUUGUGGUGGCCGUGUGAACCUCACAAGAAGCAGGUGUAGGAGGGCUGGGCAGACGAUGGUACAGAGCUGUAACUAAAGAGACCACACACAACUAAAAGUGAUACAGUAGGUUGCCUUCUAAUUUUAUUUGAAAAAUUCAACAUUUUAUUUUCUAACUAUUUAAUAUGUUUGAAAUGUCCUGAAAAUGAACUUGCAUGGUUAAAGAAAUUAUUUUAUAGGUUAGGAGAAAUGUAAGAAGUUUGUUUUAUUUUAGUUUGUAAAUCAGAUGGAAGUUGGUGCCAGUGUCUACAUGAAGUAGAACUUUUGCUCAGAGGAGUUUGGGUCUCAUGUUGUUGGUCGACAGAAACCAACACUUAAGUGUGACGAGUUACCUUCAGUCACAGGUUAUUUCAGUCAUUAUUUUAAAUGUGAGAGCAGGUAGCAAUAUUUUUGCUGUCCUGCUGUCUUGUCAGUCUGUGUAGCAGUAAGGGCUGCUGUGUGCCUGUCCAGAAGGCAUGUGUGGCUGGACUCUAUAGGGCAUCAAAUGUACCUCCUCACCACCUAGGAAACACCAAAAUUUUCAGACCUUUUGUAAAGCCUCAGUUAUGUAUAUAUAUGUAAUGAACAGAUUAUGCUAGAUUUCUCUUUCAAUUUGUCUGCAAGUUAGUGUUUACCUCAUUGUUGACCUUUCUGGACCAGAUAUGCAAGUGUUGUCUAAAGGGAGCAGAAGAGGUUGAAUCAUUGACAGGUCUUUCAAAUGAGUGUUGAACCUCUAUUACAAGGAGAGCUGCUGGACUUAACUUUCAGCCAAUAUGAAUCUGCCACAAUCCAUACUUACAGAAGGAGAAUUGUACAAUGUUUCUGUGAUGGAAUAGCAUAUUGUUUAAAUAAAUAGGAAAAAUGGUUUGCUGUUUAUGUGAAGAAAAGGCAUUGUUGUACUUCCAGAAAGGCAAGACUUACCAGGCCAGCUCAUAAUAGGUGGUGCUACUUUGUAUGUAUUGUAUAGCUGAAAAUAGUGUUCUCAAGAUCGUUCUCAAGAUCUUUCAUGCAUAGCAACUAUCUUGUGCUGUGAACCACACCUUUGUAGUCAGUCAGUGAGGCAUGCUUCCAUAGUCAGGGAGUAAACAGAGCUUCCUCCACAUGCAGUCAGUCUGUCAGUGAUCGUGUUGAAGUGUGAAUCUACUUAAGCUAGGCUUCGAGUACAUCAAAUUUCCUCGUGAAUUGGGGCACAAUAAAGAUACUAAAGCAAUAUUUUCCGUGAAUAAACAUCAUGUCAUGAUAGACCAAGAAUUCAUAGAAAAUCAAAUGAAGUAGAGAUGAUGCUUUGUGGAUGCCUUGAUGAAGUUUAGAGUGUAGUACAACAUGACACAGUGUGCAGUCUAGCUUUGUAUUACUGAAGUGAGAGAAAAAAUAAAAGAAAAAGAAACUUCAAGCUGUAGGUGAACUUUGAUAAUUUAGAAGUUGAGAACAUUACUUCACUUUCAGAUUUGAGGAUUCAGAAAAAAUAGUUAUGUAACUGUACUUCUCUGUGUCAUGUAUAGAGGAUAACAAAGAAUGAUUGAUUGGUGAAAAAGAUAACUUGAUUAGAUGAGAGAGGUGAGAGAGUAAAGGGAAGGUCAAGAAUGUGAUGGACGAUUGUGUGAAGACAGCAUUAAAUGUAAGAGGGAUGUCUGUGAAGCAAAUAAGAGUAGUUGUUGGAUUGAAUUGAGAGUAGUAGUGAAAGCAUAAAUGGAAUGUGACUUGAGGAGUCUUUAUGAGAGGUUUGCCAGUGUCUGAUCCAGACUCAGGAGAGGAGAUAAAAAAACAGGAUAGGUCAGUUCUGUACAUAGUUCUGAUGUGGAGAAACCCCAGUGUGCUGUGUGCCCAUUCCUGGAACAAUGUGGUCAGUGAAGAUUAGUCCUCUUCCUCCUCAAGAAAUAGAGGCUAUUAUGUGAUCAAAUUUAAUGUAUUGAUAGGGAAUGAUUGAGAGUAUGAUUGUGAGAGCAAGUGAAUGUAAGCACCUUGCCUUGGCUACCUGCCUUUGCAGGGGAUGUCAGUCUGUUAUGUAGAUAGAUUUCUUUUCUUUUCUUUUUUUAAGUAUUUUUAUUUCUUAUAAAUUUCUUUUUUGAUUUGCAAAAAAGACAGUUUUCUUUAAAAGAUAUAUACCAUAGUUAUAAAUCUCACAUCAGAAGUAGAAGAUGAAUGAUUUCUCUCUUCUAAGUAACCAAAACUUUAGUGUAUCCCAAUCAUGUUUUAUUGUUUGUAAUGUUUAUUUAUUGUAUUUAUUUAUGUGCAUCACAGUAUGACAAGUGUGGUGUAGGUAUGCAGUGUUUAGAGCUGCCAGCAGCAGCUUUGGGGGUUUGACAAGAACAGGUGAGCUUGAUCCAGCCAACAGAUAGGGUAUUUGAAAUCCCUUCUGAAGUGUUCCCAAAAUUGACUAUUUGUGUUUGUUAAAAGAAGGGAAUCACUAAUUAGUAGCAAAAGUUAUUUGCUUGUCAAGUAUGAUGUGAGUAUGCUUUCUAGAAAUUAUUGACAUUUUUUUUUCCAGGACUGAAUUUCCUGUCAUUAUUAUUAUUAAAGAUUGACUAGAAAA